UGCUUACUUCCCUUUGGCUUGCGUCACAUUGAUGUAUUUUUACGAAACAUGAAAUAAAUCAGUAAUAAAGGGAAAAAGUGUAUCAAUUUUCAUGAAAACAGAAGACUCGUCUAAUUUUUGAAAGUAAUGCAAGUCUUAGAUGGACAUGGAUACAAAGAGAGAAAGUGCUUUAGUUAUUGACGAGCGGAUUUGUCCUCCAUUUCUCCUACCUUUCAAUCUCGGCACGACUUUCUCCCUGGUUAUUAGAGGUGAUCCAUCCAAUCUCUCUCUGGAGAAAGUGGGAGGGUUUUCUCCCACUCCAAUCUCGCCGUCUGGUGUAAGCUCCCCGGAAUGAUUCAUAGUUGAGAGAAAGGAGUCCACAUUAUUGGUGGCAUUUUGAUGAGAGGAGGUUGUGUUGAGACUCCGAAACAGAAAGGAGAAAGUCGGAGAAAGUUUGUGUGAUUCUUGGGACCACAGUAGUUACAUACCUGGCUGGAGAGUUGGAUCUAAAUAUUUUCAGAAAUGGCGUGCAAAAUUUCUGCCUACUUUGGAUGUUAUAUACAUUCCAUAAUUUUAUAAUUCGCCAAAACAAAAACAUUUAAGGAGACAACUAAUUGUCGCAUUGGAUCUGGCCGACUGAAUCGACAGAGCUGAUUAGUAACAACACUUAUAAGCCUUGAAAUUCUUUACCAUCAUGAGUUAUUCAAGCACAAAAAACUCCGAAUCCACAGCAUCUCAUAAUUCUAUAGACACGGAUCCAAUUGAUGAAGAAAUUGACGAAGAGAGAGACGACACGAAAAGAAAGUCUAGGAAUUUAUCCGAAAAAAGGCGAAGGGAUCAGUUCAACGUCUUAGUAAACGAGCUGUGUUUCAUGGUUUCAAACUCUACGAGAAAACUGGACAAGUCCACCGUUCUAAUAGCUACGAUCAACUUUCUCAAAACUCACAAUGAACGUUCUGCCCAAUCUCAGUCUCAAGUUGAGGAGACGCAAGAGAAUUGGAAACCAUCCUUUUUAUCCAGCGAAGAAUUUUCGCAUCUCAUGAUGGAAGCUUUGGACGGGUUUAUCAUUAUCCUAUCAAGCAAUGGGAAGAUAUUAUAUUUGUCGGAAAGUGUCACUUCACUACUUGGAUACUUGAGCAGUGACCUUGUCAACUGCUCAAUAUACGAGUACGUGUGCGACGAGGAGAAGGCAAAAUUGCUAAAUGUCCUCUCCAGUAGGAACGUCGAUGACAAAACACGAAAUAACGGGGGUGUUUCAUUGACCGUAAACUUUCGUGUUGGGGACUUUGGAUCCAUGGAGGAAAAUCAUAAGUGUCAAUUAGUCAAACUUAUGGGUUACUUUAAAAGGUGGACUUUGGCAGAUUGCGUGAAUGCUGACAUGACUUCUGAGAAAAAUGAGGGGGAGGAGUUUUCCGAAUCCAAUGACUCAAUCCAUAGUGCCAACUACAUAUUCGUCGCCACUGGGAGAUUACUUAAUGCAAACCUGGUGCGAGAAAUGUCCGUCGUGGUGGACACGGAAAAUCACGAGUUUUCUUCAAAGCAUUCUUUAGAGUGGAAAUUUCUCUUUUUGGACCCCAGAGCGGAAGUGUCAAUUGGUUACUUACCAUUCGAAGUGUUAGGCACUUCAGGGUACGACUAUUAUCAUGCUGACGAUGUGGAGAAAGUUGCCCUGUGUCAUGAACAGUUAAUGCAAAAAGGAGACGGGAUCUCUUGUUUCUACCGUUUUCUGACGAAAGGACAACAAUGGAUCUGGUUACAAACAAAGUAUUAUGUAACGUAUCAUCAGUGGAACUGUAAACCAGAGUUUAUUGAAUGCACUCAUCGGGUUGGCAGUUAUUCCGAUGUGAUGAAACAUAUUCGUGGAGACAAUGCAUUUUCGUCAGCUCCCCAGUUGGGCGACUCUUCACCGCUUCCUAGCAAGCGUCAAAAAUUAGAAACCAAAAGGUCCCUUCCUGCUGCAUUACAACCCAUGAUGAAACCUAAGAAAUCGAAUACCAGUCACCAAUCGAAAGCUGGGGUACAAAUAAGUUCUCGUCAAGAGUCCCCAGCAUCAGUUAUAGUAAAACUAACGAGUUCUGAAACAAUGCCAAAAAAAGCUCUCUCACAAAUGUCACAUUAUAAUCCUCAAAUCAUCCAACCGAUGGAAUUUUUUCCCGUUUCUUCAUUCACCACGCUCGAUGAUGUCCCAAACAAAGAUAAGUUUAUACAAACUUCAAUUCCAAGACAUGCUCCUCCUGGACAUGUUCUUCAUACUCAUUUUCAUGACGAGGUGAAAGUUUCAGAAAAAGUUAUGCAUUCGGAUAAUCUCCAGAAGCAGCUCCUCAUGAAACGUGAACAGUUGCAGCGACAAAUCAUACAACAACAAGACGAGCUACGCCACGUUUCCGAACUGCUUAUUGCGCAGUGUGGCUUUCUUCCUGACCGUGUCCCUUCCCAACAGACAGACGCCACCCGUGACGACGAGCCGCCUGUGGUGACACGUUUGUCGUAGAUGUAUGCAUACAUAUGCAAAUACACUUGGUUAUUUAAGUCCGGUCAAGUAUAUGUGCAUGUAUAUUUACAUACAUAGCCGUCCGAAAAUGUGAGCUAGAUUCAAACAAUUUUCAUGAUUCCCAUAUUUGUGUAUAUUUCGAAAUUUUCAGUCUUAUUGUGAUACC